CUCUCUCUCUCUCUCCCAAUUUCUCAGCUGUAUCUCCCUUUCUCUGUCUCUCACUGUGUCCUUAUCACACCACCACAUCCCCAAGUCCAUCCCCAGAGCCAGAAUAACAUCUCUCUUUCUCUCUCACUCACAUACGCAGAAAUCUAGAACCACCCUUUUCUCUCUCUAUACUCAUAUACUGAUUCAUAUAAUCACACAGACACACCAUAUAUAUAUUGUUUGCUAAUAGUAAUGGCGGGAAACGAUUGGAUAAACAGUUACCUGGAGGCGAUACUGAACGUGGGGCCAGCGAUCGACGAUGCCGGUAAGAAGUCGUCUCUGUUGCUUAGAGAGAGAGGUAAGUUCAGUCCCACACGCUACUUCGUCGAAGAAGUCAUCACCGGUUUCGAUGAGACUGAUCUAUAUAAAUCAUGGGUUCGAGCUCAAGCGACUCGGAGUCCUCGAGAGAGGAAUACGAGAUUGGAGAAUAUGUGUUGGCGGAUUUGGAAUCUGGCUCGCCAGAAAAAGCAGCUUGAGGGAGAGCAAGCUCAGAGGAUGGCCAAACGUCGUCAAGAACGUGAGAGAGGGCGCAGGGAAGCGGUUGCUGAUAUGUCAGAAGACUUGUCAGAGGGGGAGAAGGACAUUUCAGCUCAUGGUGAGAGCAAUAGAGGCCGACUGCCCAGAAUCAGUUCUGUUGAUACAAUGGAGGCCUGGGCUAGUCAACAGAAGGGGAAAAAGUUGUAUAUUGUAUUAAUUAGCCUUCAUGGUUUAAUACGGGGUGAGAAUAUGGAGCUGGGUCGUGAUUCCGAUACCGGUGGCCAGGUGAAGUAUGUUGUGGAACUUGCAAGGGCUUUAGGCUCAAUGCCGGGUGUUUAUCGGGUUGAUUUGCUGACUAGACAAGUAGCAUCUCCAGAUGUAGAUUGGAGUUAUGGUGAGCCCACAGAGAUGCUUCCUCCGCGAAACUCAGAAGGUUCGAUGAGUGAGAUGGGGGAGAGUAGUGGCUCAUAUAUCAUUCGUAUUCCGUUUGGUCCAAAAGAUAAGUAUAUACCGAAAGAACUUCUGUGGCCUUACAUCCCUGAAUUUGUUGAUGGUGCACUUAACCACAUAAUACAGAUGUCCAAAGUUCUUGGCGAGCAAAUUGGCGGGGGACAUCCAGUCUGGCCUGUUGCAGUCCAUGGUCAUUAUGCAGAUGCAGGUGACUCUGCUGCUCUUCUAUCUGGCGCCCUGAACGUGCCCAUGCUUUUUACCGGCCACUCACUUGGUCGAGAUAAGUUGGAACAACUUUUGAGACAAGGCCGACUAUCGAAGGAUGAAAUAAAUUCCACAUACAAGAUAAUGCGGAGGAUCGAAGCUGAGGAGACAUCGCUUGAUGCGUCUGAAAUAGUCAUCACUAGCACCAGACAGGAAAUAGAGGAGCAAUGGCGUCUGUAUGAUGGUUUUGAUCCAAUACUAGAACGUAAACUACGAGCUAGGAUUAAGCGUAAUGUGAGCUGUUAUGGGAGGUUCAUGCCUCGCAUGGCUGUAAUUCCCCCUGGGAUGGAGUUCCAUCAUAUUGUUCCACAUGAUGGUGAUAUGGACAGCGAAACAGAGGGAAAUGAAGAUCAUCCUACUUCUGCAGACCCACCUAUUUGGACUGAGAUUAUGCGCUUCUUUUCCAAUCCACGGAAGCCUAUGAUACUUGCCCUUGCUAGGCCUGACCCUAAAAAGAAUCUUACAACCUUGGUAAAAGCAUUUGGGGAAUGUCCUCCAUUAAGAGAGCUUGCUAAUCUCACAUUAAUAAUGGGUAACCGAGAUAACAUUGAGGAAAUGUCGGGCACAAAUGCUUCUGUUCUUCUUUCGAUACUUAAGCUUAUUGACAAGUAUGAUCUCUAUGGUCAAGUGGCGUACCCUAAACACCACAAACAGUCUGAUGUCCCUGAAAUUUAUCGUUUAGCAGCAAAGACAAAGGGUGUUUUCAUUAAUCCGGCUGUCAUUGAGCCAUUUGGACUUACUCUGAUUGAGGCGGCAGCUUAUGGUUUACCUAUGGUUGCCACAAAAAAUGGAGGUCCAGUUGAUAUACAACGGGUACUUGAUAAUGGACUUCUUGUGGAUCCCCAUGACCAGCAUUCUAUUGCCGAUGCUCUUUUAAAGCUUGUUGCAGAUAAGCAACUUUGGGCAAAAUGCCGGCAAAAUGGCCUAAAAAAUAUUCAUCUAUUCUCAUGGCCAGAACAUUGCAAAAUUUAUCUGUCUCGAAUAGCGAGUUGCAAACCAAGGCAGCCACGGUGGCUAAGAAGUGAAGAUGAUGAUGAAAAUUCAGAAUCAGAUUCACCAAGUGAUUCUUUGAGAGAUAUAUCAUUGAACUUAAAGUUUUCAUUGGAUGGAGAGAAGAAUGAAAGUAAAGGAAAUGUGGAUAGUUCUUUAGACUCUGAAGAUCGAAAGAGUAAGUUAGAGAAUGCUGUUUUGCAUUGGUCAAAGAGUGUCCUGAAGGGCACUCAAAAAUCUGGGCCCAUAGAUAAAGCAGAACAAACUUUCAGUACUGGUAAGUUCCCAGCUUUGAGGAGAAGGAAGCAUAUAUUUGUAAUUGCUGUGGAUUGUGAUAGUGUUUCUGGUCUAUUUGAAAGUGCUAGAAAGAUAUUUGAGGCAGUAGAGAAGGAAAGGACAGAAGGCUCAGUAGGAUUUGUAUUGGCCACAUCUUUUUCCAUGUCAGAAAUCCAUUCUUAUAUGGUUUUGGAGGGCAUGAGCCCGACUGAUUUUGAUGCUUUUAUCUGCAACAGUGGUGGUGAUCUUUACUAUUCAUCUCCUCAUUCAGCUGAUAACCCAUUUAUAGUUGACUUAUAUUACCAUUCACACAUUGAAUACCGCUGGGGUGGAGAAGGCUUGAGGAAGACUUUGGUGCGCUGGAUGGCUUCUAUUGCUGAGAAGAAAGGUGAAAAUGAAGAACUAAUUAUUACGGAAGAUGAAAAGAUUUCAGCAGACUACUGCUAUGCUUUCAAAGUUCGCAAGCAAGGAGUGGUUCCCCCUGUUAAGGAGCUCCGGUCGCUAAUGAGAAAUCAGGCUCUCCGUUGUCAUGUUAUUUAUUGUCAGAAUGGGAGUAAGAUUAACCUAAUUCCUGUACUAGCAUCUCGUUCCCAAGCCCUCAGGUACUUGUAUCUACGAUGGGGUAUGGAUUUGUCGAAGGCAGUGGUCUUUGUUGGAGAAAGUGGGGACACUGAUUAUGAAGGAAUGCUUGGUGGUGUGCACAAGUCUGUCAUAUUGAGGGGAGUUUGUAGCGGUGCAAGGAGUCAACUUCAUGCUGGCAGAAGCUACCCACUUUCCGAUGUUGUGCCAUUUGACACCCCCAACAUUGUUGAGACUACUGAAGACUGCAGCAGUGCAGAUCUCCGAUCGUCUUUAUACAAACUGGAGGUCCUCAAAGGAUAGAAAGCUACACUGUGCCUGUAUAUAUGUAUAUACAAUUUUAGCUGAAAUAAACCUCCCCUAUACUUGGUCUUUCCAUGUUCCUUCUGCACCCACCCGCAACAACCUGGAGAAUUCCCAUCAGUUGACUUGUCGCUGAAGUGGGUUUCUUGGUUUCUUAUGGAGUAGCAAGAGGAAAGAUUGCAUUAUUUUGUCUUCUCUUCAAUAAUCAAUCCUUGGUUGUUUGUAUUGGCGUACAAGCUCCUAGUCGAAUCUUGUAUUGUAUAACAGUUUGUAAACCUUUUGUAUAACAGUGUGUGUGCCAUUGGCACGGCUCUUCAUCAUUCUGGGGGAUUGUUAUUAAAUUCUACCCAGAUAUAUGGAAAUGUUGGUUUUCUUG